AUGUUCUUGGCAUUGUUUCUAGAACAAAGUGAAAAGAUGCGAUUAUCGACAAUUUUUGAGCUGUUGCUGAUCCUCUUGUUGGUGGCCUUUGCGGCUUACGGCCGAGUAAUUGAUCGUAAUGAGACGACUCAUCGGGUGACACGAGCCGCGAAUAAUGUGAAACAGAGCGACAUAGAUUUAACAACGAUGUCGCUAAAACAGGCGACCGAUAGCGUAAACCGAUACUGCACCUGCAACGAGAACAUUUGCAAUUGCUGUCGGGACUUUCACAUACCGCUCGUUCAACUAAAAGGACCGGGAUGCGCUUCGUUGCAGUAUCUUCAAGGUGACAAUUUGGCAGUCCAGCUGAGCUUCGGCGACAACAUAUUAACCAGCACGAUUGUUAACGGAAAGAAUCCGAAGCCUGUGUGCGUACCGCUUCCUGGUGGCUUUACCCAAUUUUGUGGCAGGAUUUAUUCCAUCCAACGCGAUGCGAAGAAUCAUUUUAAAGCAUGCCUCGGCUUAGAACUGCAAUCCCCUACCGAGUUGGAAGCUACGCUUCGUGUUAGUUGUUUCAGAUUUGGUCCAGAUGGUCUGAAGCUUCGACCGGCUGAGCCACUUCCAACUAUCGAGACAGAUGCUAGUUCAGAAGAAGACGAUGAUGAUGAUUUUUUCGGACUCGGUUCGGAUGAUGACGAGGACGAUGAAGAUGAUGAAAGACCCAUUACAAAUUCCGUUCCCGAUGGUUCGGAAGUUGAUGCACAAGAAUCAGAUGAUGAUGACGACGAUGACGAUCCGUUAGGUUUCAGUGCUCUAUUAGAUAUCUUUACUGGCGAUGACGAAGUGCCGACAAGACCUAAGGUUACUACUGCGGCGCCGUUAUUGGAAUUCACUAUACCAAUUCUACCACGGCCAACGACUCCAGCACCAUUGGAAGAUCAUGAGCUGUCCACCUUCAGCAACGAGCAGGAUAUUAACUACGAGGAACACGACAGCACUGAGGAACCAUUCAAAGCAGAAGAAGAAGAAGAAGAAGAUACAGGAUUGACCGAGAACAAUACCGAAGACAACAGCACUGAUGAGAAUAAGGAACAAAUCACGGAAUCCUCCAACAAAAUCGUGUAUACUGCGAAACCCGAUAAGACGCCAAUUGUCAAUAAAGUGAAGAAGGGAGUCAUUGGAAACAAAAAGAAACCCACAGUGACAUCGACCAGUAUAAACGCCAUUCACGAUCCUGAAAAGCCAGUGAAAAAACCCAUCAAGGAUGAGGAUGAUGAUGAUGACGACAUUUUAGAUGAUGAUGAUGAUGAAGAUCUCGACGACGAAGAUGACAGUCUCGAAGACGAUGACGAUGAUGAUAAAGAUGACGAGGAUGAAGACGAAGACGAAGAUGAAGAUGACGACAAACUGGAUGAUGAGAAGCAUGAAGAACUCGAUGACGAUGACGAUGACGAAAAGGAUCUUGCCGAUUUAGAUGAUGAUGACGAUGAAGAGGAAAAUGCCAUGCUAAGCGCUCUUAUAGGUACUGGCAAAAAUAAGAAAAGUAAAGAAGAUAUCAAAUCUAAUCAAACUAAUGUCGAGCACGAUGACGAUGAUUACGGCUUUGAAUUGGGAUUUCUUGGGAGGAAGAGGCAUUUCAGUGAAAAUCAACAAAGGAAAAUUACGAGGCUUUGAAGUGUACAGAUCAUUGUUCCAGUCAAUAGAAUAAUUGAAGAAAGGUCGUCCUUCUUAUCUGGCCAUGAGUUCGUUGAUCCAACAAAACUCAAAAUGUUUUGUUCGGAUUAGCGGAGAUUCGAUAGAUUGGUAUAAUUGUGACAGUGAUCAUGAGAUUAUAAAAGUCAACGUUUCUCGACACGCAAUUUUACUAAAAAUAACGGGUUCGUGUUUCUACGACGUUCUAAUUAUUUUAUUAUCUUCUAAUUACAAUGUAAUUGUA